GACUACUACUACUAAACCAACUAUUUGUUUAUCCACCCGUUUCUUUUCUUCACUGCAACAUCGUCAAUCAAACCAAAUUGAUAGAACAGGAUGAGAUAUGAAAUGUCUGUAUUACAGAGGCAAUGGUAACAAAUAUCCUUGUUAGGAAGAAAAAAUCUAUUUCAGCUGGCGAGUCAGUUUCACAAGGCUUGGCAGAUAAUUUGCAGGAACUUGGAUUUGAGAAAGAGACCAUUGAUUUUUCCCUCUUGGAGGCUCAACAUGAGGUCAGCUGGUUCAGUUUCGACCCAGAUUUUCAUAUUGAGGGAGAACAAAUGUGCUGCUACUUGACUCGCACGAUAGAGUCAUCUCUUGCAGCAAGCCAACAGAAAAAUGCUCCACUAGAGAAACCCAAGAAAAAAAAUUUCAACUCCGUAGAUGGAGUUGCAGAGAACCUACAUGUGAAACCACACACCCAAGUGGUCAAACUUACUCACGGGAAAUUCCUUGCAGAACUUUCUCUCAACAACAUAGCUGAGCUCCUUCCUCUUUAUUACAGUGCUAUUAGACAACAGCUUCAAUCGGGAAAAACAGAGACUGAUCUUGUGUUCCAUGAUUUGAACACAAAGAUCAUACUAGACCAUCUAGAUGAACUUGCAACAGGUCUCACUCCCAAAGUGUUCAAAAUCCACAAUGCUUCCAUGACUUUGGAUGCAAAGUUGAGUAAAAAAAUUAGAGAUGAUGGAAACUAUAAGUUGAAGAUGUGGAAUGUCUCUCAUCAAACAAGAUUAAGGUCUUCAACACAUCUCUUGUGGCUAAAUUUGCUUGGGCAAUGGAUGUAGAACAUAACUCGAGUUGGAUGCAGAACAUGAAUUCAAGUUCUGAUCAGUGUCUUAUGUCGUGUUUGUGAAAAAUAAUCUGUUAUGUAACAUUUAAACAAUUCAAGUUCUGAUCAGUGGCUUAUGCUGUGUUUGUGAAAAAAUAAUCUGUUAUGUAAUGUUCAACUUUGUCUGGAACGGUUUGUAACGAUUUGUAGCGGUUUGUAUGAUUGUUUCGAAACGCUGUCAACCGCUACCAACCGCAAAAGCUGUGUUUGCGGGUCGUAACGGGAAAACCAGUCAGGCUCAUUAGUUCAGUUUCUUGUUAAAGUAUCUGGAUUGCAUCA